AUGUCUGCAGCCAUUGAAGCCGCUGUACUCACUCCUGCUUCGGAUACACAAUCCAUAACACAUUCAACUUGUACGAGGCCCAGUUUAUCUACUCACACUCUAGGCUCAGAAAUGGCAUUCUUAAACCCAUCUAGAAAGCAACCAACACAACCUACCAAACUUCCUCCUCAGUUUGAAGACUUUCUUCAAAAACCUGUCAUGUGUCCAGGAUGCUCUAAAGUCGGAUGUGAAUCCUGCGUCAAGAAAUGGCUCCAGGAGGAAAAAAGUCAAUGUCCGCACUGUCGAGCUCCGUUAAAUCCAUCUCAGCUUGUUCACUGUCGAUUCAUGGACGAUCUGGCACAGCAAUUGAAUCUGCUUGCGUUUGCAUCUCCAAAUUCCACCCAAGACGUAUGUCCCGAUCACUCUGCACCCAUGUACUACUACUGUCACGAUUGCCAAGAAGGUCUGUGUGCUGACUGUGCGGUGAUUGAAACAAAGCACAAGAAUCAUUCAUUUGAACAUCUCCAUGCAGUAUAUAGACGCCAUCGAGCAAAAAUUGACGAACGUGCAAAACUCUUGUAUUCUCGGUUUAAUCAAUAUGGCGAGUUGCUGGCAUAUUUAGACGACCAUGCACUUGCCAUUUCUCAUGCACGACAAACUGCAUUGGCAGUACAUCAAACUUUAUGGGAAGAAGAUGUGGAAAGUAUUGUCAAGCAAGAAACAUUCCACAUGUCUCUUCUUUCAGAAUGCAAGCAAAAACUUAAUCCAAGCCCCAUAAGCGAAUUUAAUAUCCCACCCGAAUCAAUGGAGUUUGAUAGCUCUACCAUUCCUGCUUAUGAUCACGGUGUAUUUCUUAUUACCAAUUUCAAGUCAAAAAUGCAAUUUUCAUCGCCCAUCUACUCGGACACCAUUUCAGUAUCUGGACUUGAGUGGCGACUAAAAGUUUAUUGUUCUGGAAAUGGAGUAUGUAGAAAUGAGUCUUUAUCAGUGUUUGUUGAGCUAGUAAAGGGUGUGGCUCAGCCAUCCAAGUAUCAAUACCGUGUGGAUCUGAUCAAUCAAUCUCGGGGAGUGAUAAAGAAACGAAAUAUCUCGCGCGAAUUCAAGUCCGAGUUUUCUGUAGGCGAGUGCUGGGGAUAUAAUCGUUUCUACAAUUUGGAUCUUAUUGAACAGGAGGGAUUUUAUGACUCUGACAGUGAUUCUAUCAAAUUGGUUUUUUACGUGCGCGCUCCCACUUAUGCUCAAAAGUGUCGUGAUUUAGAAUUUUACAUAUCCAAUCUCAAGCUGCAUCAUGACAAUACGCCCCGCAUCAACGAAUCAACCACAGUAAAGGCAAACGUCUCGAAUACGACCGAAUUGAACCCUGACCAAACAACAAGUGAUGCCAUGUUACCCGAGUGUGAUAUCACUGAAAUGGGUGAGCAUUCACAUGGACUGGAGCGUGCUGUUACUGUGCAAAUGCCUGUAUAUACUAGUGUAGCAUAUGCUCCUUCCGCUGAGCCUCCUACUGAUGCCAAUACUCAAAUGCCUUUAACUGGAGUAGAAACAUCACUUUCUCACCAUCCAACUUUACAUGAAAACACUGCCAACUGUAACUUUCCCACUACACGACCGCUGAAUUAUCAUUCUAGUUUGCAACAACUCAGAUCUGAAAUGACCGAGUUUGAGGAUUUUCUCGGUACAGUGACAAACGAAAUUGAGUUGUUUGACACUAUUGUAAAAUCAACACCAAAAGAAUUAAAGUUGGAUUGGACGGAUGAGUCUAUAGAAUCCGAGGUUGGCCAGCAAGUGACUUUACCCCCACCUGCUGCAUCCAGGUCUUUUAUAACAUCUGGCUCUCAUAGCGAUGCUGGCUCGCCAUACUUGUUUUCAAAUACAAAUCAAGCCAAAUAUAAUUCAUAUGUUGAAUCCAGUACAAAAUCACGCACAGUUCCAAGAUCCAGCACAUCAUCUCAUUCAGCAACUCGACCCAACUGUCCAUCGACUCAGUCCAUUACCUAUGAUAUUCCUUCAUUGGACAGCACAUUAUUGCGGUUAAAUGCGAAUGAUUCUACUAGCAAUACAUCACCAUUGAAUGAGAUGCGCAAGAUUGAUUCACGAGACGGACUAAACCUGGUUCAAUACGCUGCGUUGCGCGAUUUAAUCAUGACAAGAUCAUCAGCAUUGUUGAACGAGUCUGAUGCUAUUUUGAGUCGAUUUCCUGGACUAUGUAGUCUGAAUACAACUGGUGACGAUUCAUAUUUACAAGAUUCAUCUUGGAUAAAUCCGAGACGAGAGCAUAAUGAUAUGGGCCAUCAGGAUGUCAGUUCGAUCAUAUGGGCAGCGAAUGGCAGUUUGGACGAGUCAGGGAUAGAUGGAGCGAUUGAUUCACUUGAAGAUGAUGCGAGUAUUUCACCAGCUAGUCAAGUUGAUCAAAGUGAAGAUAGCGAAGAUAGUGAAGAUCAGUACAGAGAUGUUCAUUCUGAUACGUACGACGACAUGACAGAGCUGGAAGACGAGACGCAGGUUUAUAACAGUGAUGCUGAGCAUCGUCAUGGUGCUGAACUGUACAGCCUAGACUUUUCCGAGAUUCUAAACGAGACCACACUAUCUCCAUAUUCAUUAGAUCGACGUGGAUAUUCAUAUCCUACACUUGCAGGCAAUGAAGAUUAA